CAUCGAAGAAGAAUAAGAAGAUAGAGGGAGAGACGGAGACCAGUUGUUAAACCCCAUCGAAGAAGAAUAAGAAGAUAGAAGGAGAGACGGAGACCAGUUGAUAGACAUCAGGAUACCGCUAUGGCUUUGCGGCACGGUUUGGACUCGCAGAUAGUAAUAGUUGGCUGUGGAAUAUCUGGUAUUGGAGCAGCUUUGAAGUUAACCAAACAUGGUUUCCGCAAUGUGAGGAUCCUGGAAGCGACGGGGCGGAGUGGAGGAAGGAUAAAGACAGGCAAAAUGGGUAAUAACAUCAUAGAGAUUGGUGCUAACUGGAUCCAUGGUCCGUCGGAGGCUAACCCAGUGUUCUGUCUGUCCAGACAGUACAGCCUGCUGGACCCAGAGAGCCUGACUCCAGAGAACCAGGACCUGGCUAUAGGAGGUCACCCACCAUGGGUACCAAACUGGUUCUCCAGCUCUGGUCAUAAGCUGACUCCAGAGCUGACGGGUCCUGCUGUAGAGCUGUUUGCUGAGGUGUUGGAGGAGGGAGGCGAGUUCAGCGGACAGGGAGGAGAACCGUAUAGCAGUGUUGGAGAGUUCAUAAGGACAGAGGUGCGUCAGCGUGCAGCAGAGCGGUGGCAAGGUGACAGUCUGUCCUGUCAGUCUGUCCGUCUGUCUUUGAUCAGUACUCUGUUGAAGGUGGAGUGUUGUGUGAAUGGAACACACACUCUGGACACGCUGGGCCUGGGAGCCUUUGGACUGUACAAGACCUUGCCUGGAUUGGACUGCACCUUCCCCCGAGGUUAUGAAGGGUUAAUCGACAACUUGAUGAAAGAGCUUCCUACUGGGAUAGUCUCCUACCAUCGACCAGUCAGCUGUGUCCACUGGCAGAGGGUGGUGAGGAAAGGAGGGAGAGAGUACCCUGUAGUGGUGGAGUGUGAAGAUGGAGAGAGAAUCCCAGCGGACCACGUCAUCCUCACUGUCCCUCUUGGUUAUCUGAAGAAGCAUCAUGGUACCCUCCUCUCCCCUCCUCUACCCCUCCACAAGCUGCACUCUGUUCAGAGGAUGGGCUUUGGAACCAACAACAAGAUCUUUGUGGAGUUUGACCAACCCUGGUGGGACGAUGACUGUGAGGUCAUAUACCUGGUCUGGGAAGACGAGUCAGACUUGGUGGACCAGGUAUCAGAUGUGGAGAGACUCUGGAUCAAGAAACUGUUUGGUUUCACUGUCCUCAAACCCACUGAGCGGUAUGGCCAUGUGUUGUGUGGCUGGAUCGCUGGUCAUGAGUCUGAGUUCAUGGAGACUCUGCCAGAACAGGACGUCACACACUCCGUAACACACCUGAUACGCAGGUUCACAGGGAACCCAACCAUCACCCCACGGCGUGUCCUGAGGUCUCAGUGGUUCCAUGACCCAUGGACCUGUGGCUCCUACACCUACACCGCUAUUGGAACCUCACUGCAGGAUAUACACAACCUGGCUGAACCACUACCACAACAAGGGGAACAGCCUCUCCAGGUGUUGUUUGCUGGAGAAGCCACCCAUCCUUCCUUCUUCUCCACUGUCCAUGGAGCGCUGCUUUCUGGCUGGAGGGAAGCUGGUAGACUCAUAUCUCACUACUCCGCCCCCAGCACAUUUCAGCCAACCAGAUCAAAGCUCUAAGGACAAGAACUCACCCGUUGUAAAAGUGUUAUAUACUGAACAAAAAUAUAAAUGCAACAUGCAACAAGAUUUUACUGAGUUACAGUUUGUAGAAGGAAGUCAGUCAAUUGAAAUAGAUCAAUUAGGCCCUAAUCUAUUCAUUUCACAUGACUGGGCAGGGGCACCGCCACCCACUGAGGAGCCAAGCAUUAGAAUGAGUGGCCCCCCCCCACACACACACACACACACAAAAGGGCUUUAUAACGGACAUAAAUAUUCCUCAGUUACCUUUUAUUGUCCCCAGCACAAGGUUCACCUGUCUGAUCAUCUUCCUGUUUAAUCAGCUUCUUUAUAUGCCACACCUGUCAGGUGGAUGAAUUAUCUUGGCAAAGGAGAAAUGCUCACUAACAGGGAUGUAAACAAAUUUGUGAACAAAAUUUGAGAGAAAUACGCUUUUUGUGUAUGGAAGAUUUCUGUGAAAUGUUUUUUUUUUUUUUUUUUUCGGCUCAAGAAA